AUGCCGGCGCCUUCCAAGAGCGCAGCAUCCAGAACCCUGAAGGGAGUUCCUAGCGACGCAAGCAGCCCCAGUGCUGCUGCCGCCAGAGGCCAGAAACGCCAAAAGCGUGCCGGUGCCAAUCCACCAGUCACACAGGAUCCAGCACAUGUGUGGGAGAAUGACUUGAAUAUUGAGGAAGUCUUUGCUGAUGCGACUGGCGCGGCCCGCAUCGAGAAGAUCUUCCAAAUUUUUGGUGACCCGAAAGACGAAUAUGUUGACGUCCCGUGGUUCCAGCAGGAUUCACGCCCGACUUUGAUUUCAGACCAGCUGAAUCGCCCGCUUCAACAAAGCACCGUUCGGGACUACGAACGCCGCAUCUUCGAAUCAGGAUUGGCUGUGGAUUGCAGACUGCCUUGGCUUCGGUGGUCUAAUGGACCGCGUCAACAGAAUUACCCACUGCUGGCCUUGUCCUUCAAUCACAGACGCGAAGCAUUUUACAAUGCUUUUGAGAAAGAUCCGAACCAUCCAAUGGUUCAGCAAAGUCUCAAGCAAGGGCUCCGGCGCUGCAGAAUCUUGCACAAGGCCACCCCCAACUACAUUGUGAAUUGGCUUUGCAGCGAACACAACAAGCAUCACUCAGGGUCUGGUGAGACGGCACUGGGUGUCAUGGCAGAAGCAAUGAAAGUGGAGGCUGCGUGGAAAAGGAAGUGCGCAGCCGAUGCCAUUACAACUCAUCAUGAGAAUUACCAAAAGAUGUACGAUGCUUUUGUCCGGCGUGAGUCAGAACUUUUUGCAGACUCUGUGCAGUAUUUCAGUGAAGCAAAGGCGCUGGCUCGCACUCUUGAGUCGUAUGAUGCGCAAGCAGCUUUCCAAGAAUGGUACCUGGCCCAUGGUGAUUUCUUGAAAUCUUCCACUACUCCUUUCGUAUGCAUCUCGGCGAUGAACCAAAUGGCCGUCCUCAUCGUCAAGUGCAUGAGGAAUUUCCACAGCAAGUCGGAUCUGAAGGUGGUUCUCAUUGAAGCUUUGAAAUUCUGCGUGCCAUCGAUUGGGACUGGAGCUCACCGGCAGAUUCCAUCGCCUUUCUUGGCUCCUGCUGCACGUGCAGCCAUGGCCAAUGUGACCAUUCCAAUGGGAGAGUCCGUCACCUUCAAAAGGCUGCUGAAGAAGAAGGAGCAAAAAGCAGAAGACGAAGCCAUCAAGAGAAAGCUCACGACCGGCGCUUCCAUUGGCAAUGGCGACGGGGAGGAGUUUGAGGAGAACACUGCUGAGCAGAAGGGCGAAGAGCAAUCUCAGGAUGACGGUGGAGAAGGCUCAUCAGAUGACCAUGGAGUCCAUGGAGCUGCUGCCUCUAUGUGUGGCAAGCCCAAUGUAGAUGCGGCCAUCAACGCACUCAAGGCCGACAAAGAGAAAGAAAGGUCCAGAAAGGUUCUCAAGCAGAUUACCAAGGACAAGAACAAGAACAAGAAACCCAAGUCAGCCGCUGCUGUAGCAAAGGAAAGAGCGCAGCAAGAAGCGAAACCAACCUUAGAACUCGACGAGUGUGACGACUUCAAGCCAACGAUUUCCAACAGGUCAUCGCCGCAAGACUCUAGAGUGAAGACGGCCCUUGACGACUUCCUUUGUUCCAUCCGCUUUGCCCGCAUGAACCUUGCUGUGAAGAUUUCAGACGAUGAAGCUUCGCGUAGCAAGCAUUUCCUGGUCUCGCUCUUCCUCGAACUUGCUUGGACCUCCUCGGUGGCUGUGAACGGCAAGAUCUUCAAGACAUAUUCCUCUUUCAGGGACGAGUGCCAGAAGGUUUUCGUCGCUGCGCAUCAACGGAUUCAGAUCGGUAAGGAAAGCUUUGACCCAUUGCAUUUGGCCAAGAACCUCAUGUCGAUGGUGAACACGCCCGCAUCUCACCUGCAGCGGGUUUAG